AUGGCGGACGCAGCCCGUGACGGGCAGACAGCCCUGGCGCUCCGCCUCGCCAAGCUCCUCGCGCCGUUGGGCGACGCCAACGACGCAACCGCGAUCGAGCGCAACGUCGCGUUCUCUCCGCUCUCCGUCCACGCCGCGCUGGCCCUGGUGGCCGCGGGCGCGCGCGGCGCCACGCAGGCCGAGCUGCUCAGCUUCCUCGGGGCGCCGUCGGCUAGCCAGCUCGCCGCUUUCGGGCGCCGCGUCGCCGACAGCCUCCUCGACGACGACCGCGCCGACACCGGCGGGCCGCGCGUGCUCUUCGGCGGCGGCGUCUGGGUUGGCGACCAUUGCGGCGCGCUCGACAAGGUGUUCCGGGACGUGGCCGCCCAUUCCUACAAGUCCGAGGCGCGCACCGUGAGCUUCGCCACCGAGCCGGAGGAAGCUGUGAAGACGAUCAACGAGCAUGUGAGGAAAGCCACCAACAACCUCAUCACCUCUAUCAUCUCACCUACGGAUGUCGGCGCUGAGACCGAUCUGGUGCUCGCCAACGCCGUCUACUUCAAGGGAGCGUGGCUCAACCAGUUCGGCUCUUACACGAGCCCGGGCACGUUCCACCGGCUCGACGGCAGUCCUGUCGAGGCGCAGUUCAUGCCCAUGUACUUCGGCCAUUAUGCCUCCUGCAUGGACGGGUUCAAGGUCCUCAGGCUCCCCUACAGGCCUAACCUUCCUGCCGACGUCUGGGAGAACAAGUUAGAGUUCAAACGGAAGUUUCCGACGAUGCCUCUGAGUUUCCAAGGAUACGCGUCGGACAGGCCACUGUAUCUUCCUGCGAAUGUUCAAGACACUGACAUAAAUAAGGCUCCAGAUGCCGAUGCCAUGCAGUUCUCCAUGUUCAUCUUCCUCCCGGACGAGCGUGGCGGGUUUGCCGCCAUGGUGGACACGAUCACCGCGGCGCCAGGUCACCUCUACAGCAUCCUGCCCAGGACGACGCCCGAUCUCGUCAUCCUCAAGAUGCCCAAGUUUGAGAUAAGCUUCGACUGGGACCUCGAAAGCGACCUCCGCCGGCUGGGCCUAUCGCUGCCCUUUUCGCCGGAGGCCGCCGACUUGCGUGGCAUGUUCGAUAAGAACGACGGCAGGGGCACGGCGUUCCUGACCAAGGUUGUCCACAGGGCGGUGGUCAAGGUGAACGAGCAAGGAACGGAGGCAGGCGCGAGCACGGCUGGCAUGCGUGGUGGCGGCCUGCCGCCCAGGGUUGUGGAGUUCGUCGCCGAUCAUCCGUUCACGUUCCUCAUCAUGGAGGAACGGUCCGGUGUCAUCGUCUUCGCUGGCCACGUCCUUGAUCCCACCAAGUGA